CUCUCUCUCUCUCUCUCUCUCUCUCUCUCUCUCUCUCUCUCUCUCUCUCUCUCUCUCUCUCUCUCUCUCUGUGAAUGUGUUUGUGUGUGAGGUUGGGUGAUAGAGGGCAGGUCUGAAAAUCUAUAUUCCCUUUCUUUCCCACUCUCUGUCCCUCUCACCUUUUUUCCUCCUUCCUCUCCUCCUUUAUCUCCUCCUCCAUAUCUUCCUCCUCCUCUUCCACCUCCUCCUGCUUGUGUUUAACCUCUCAAGUUGAGAUGAUGUGUGCAUUUUCGAGGGGAAAGUGACGGACUGUGAAAUAGUCGGAGUGAUCAGGACUAAUUGACUUAAAGACACUCUUCUUUACUAUCUCUCUCUCUCUGUGUGUGUGUCUCUGUCUCUCUCCUCAAAUAAGAUUUUCAGCAGUUCCACUGGAGAGCCAUGUCGUAUCUGUGUUCCAGCAUUUUGGAGGUUAUGGGUUUGCUCUCAGGAGUGGGUGCAUGGUUCUGCUUGCUCGCUACUACACUCAUGCCCAGCUGGCUGGCCUUCUCCAAUGAGAUAACGACGGCAAGCGAGAACCGUGUUGUGGGCCUGUGGAAGUCCUGUGUGGUGCAUGAGUUGGCAGGCACUGAGUGUCAUCCCUUAAAUAGACGCCCAUAUCUGUCGUACAACCUCAGAAUGGCUCGCAUCUACAUGUGCAUUUCAGACGUCCUAGGACUCCUAAGCAUUCUGAUCGCUGUCCCAGGUCUGAGACUGGUGAAACGUUGCGUAGGAUCGCAGGGAAGGAGGGUGAGGUGCAGCCUGAAGAUUACAGCAGGUGUGCUAUGUCUGAUAUCUGCUGUAUUUGGACUCUAUCCUGUGUCCAGCCUCGCCCAUGCAACCAUUCUGGACUUCAACGAUGUUGCAAUUCCUGAUGCAGUGACUCGCUGGGAAAUAGGCAAUGCGCUGUACGUCGGCUGGGUUGCAGGUUUUUUGCUUGUCGUCUCUGCACUGUUGUUCUUCGCCUCAUGUUGCAGUUUGAAAGAGAAGGAGAUGCUCUUAAAGAUACUUUCAAGAAAAAAGAAUUAAGAAUAAUAAUUUCUAAUAUUUCCAAAUUAAUGUUACAAAGUUUUGGGGAAAAAACAACAUUAGAAUAAAUGUUUAAAUAUGUAUACUGUGUGUAAAUGGAUUAAAGUCUGAUUCUUUAACACAAAACAGAAAUAGAAUUAUUUGUUUAUCUUGUGUGUGUUUGUGUGUGUGUGUGUGAGUGUGUUCACCCAGUGUUCAGAAAUGGAAUGAUUAACUACGAUAAAGGAAUAUAUACUAAAAGUCUUUGCUUUAAAUAAAGCUGAGUAUAAAUAGUUAAAAUGUCACUUCUAAUUGUAAUUGUAACCAUAACCCAAGACCUACCAAUGCAAUGUAGCAUUAUUAAAUAAAAUGAAAAACACAGGCAAAGCUUUCCACAUUUUCAUUGAAGAUACUCAAGUGUAUACAGACUGCUAAAAGUUUUAAAAUGGUCAAAAUUAUUUUACAAAAAGUACUCACAAUGGUUUUAAAUGCUAUAAACAUUUGUGUUAAUGUUUACAGUUAACAGUUAAUGAGCCUUUUGUCAGGGAUAUCCAGGACAUUUCCCUGCCACACCACCAGAGGGCAACCCUACACAUUUUGAGUAACUCUUCUUUGGUUUUCUGUCUCAUCUCCUACCUCCAGAUGUGCAUCAGUUCUUUAGUAAUUAGUUUCUCAGUCAGUUAAUGUUGUAAAACUCUUGUUCGUGACCAUUUAGUUAGUCUACAUUCUGUUUGAUGCCUUUGUGUUUGCUGCUACGGUUGUGCUCAAAAUUAUUCAUACCCCAUGGACAAAUCAAUACUUUUAAAAUCUUUUAAUUUAUAAAAACUGCUUUGGCAAAAUUUCCACUGAAUUCAAUAUAAAUCAGUUGCUAGGCAUAAACCCACAUAUGUGUUAGCUAAACUUCAUUUGUAUACCAAUGGACAUGGCCAGAGAUUCUCUUUUGAACCUGUUCAAAAUUAAUCAUACCCUAUUCCAUAUUCUUAUGUGAAAGUCACUGUCACAUUGGCCAAGAAGAAAGAAUUCAGUCAUAAUCUUCAUA